GUGAUUCUCUUCUGUGACUCUCAGCAAUGCCAGCACGGCUGUGUUGUUGUGCUGGAGGAGCAGAACCAGCUUUAAGUUCCCCCUUUAUGUCCCUCCUCCUGUGUGGCAGGUGACACUCUGAUAGUGGAAGAGGACACAUCCAAACCCGAGCCCGGCUCGCCGGUGGUGGCCAAAAAAGCGAUGUCCCAGCCUGUGAGGGAAGCCGUGCCCGUGCUGGUCCGGAGGGUGGUGCCAGCAGACAAUUCCUGCCUGUUCACCAGCGUGUUCUACGUGGUGGAGGGCGGCGUGUACGACCCCGGCUGCGCGCCGGAGAUGCGCAACCUCAUUGCGCAGAUCGUGGCCAGCGACCCCGAGUCGUACUGCGAGGCCGUGCUGGGCAAAACCAACCGGGAAUACUGUGACUGGAUCCGCAGGGAGGAGACCUGGGGAGGAGCCAUCGAGGUCUCCAUCCUCUCCAAGUUCUACCAGUGCGAGAUCUGCGUGGUGGACACGCAGACCGUGCGCAUCGACCGCUUCGGCGAGGACGCCGGCUACAGCAAGCGCGUGCUGCUCAUCUACGACGGCAUCCACUACGACCCGCUGGAGCGCCGCCUGCCCUCCUCGGACCUUCCUCCCCAGACCAUCUUCCCCAGCAGCGAUGACGUGGUGCUGGCGCAGGCUCUGGAGCUGGCGGAUGAAGCGCGCAGGAAGAGGCAGUUCACGGAUGUGAAUCGCUUCGCCCUGCGCUGCAUGGUGUGCCAGAAGGGACUGACGGGGCAGCUGGAGGCCAGGGAGCACGCCAGGGAGACCGGACACACCAACUUUGGGGAGGUGUGAGCUCUCUAAGCAGCACGAGGAGGAUGCCAUCGACUACCUCAGCGCUCUGGAAUCAGAUUCUGGAGUCCCAGAUAAGCUGUUUGUAAUCAUAAAAUUCCGUUCACAGAGCUUGAAAAGCUUAUUAACUAAUUAACUAAAUUAACUUCAUGGUGGCCAACGCGCAGGUUUGGGAGUAGGGGAUUGGGAGUAGGGAUGGCACUUGGGCUGGUGGUGGACAGUGGCAGCCACACCUCGAUUGCAUCACCUUCUGUGUGUGUGUGUGUGUGAGCAGACAGGCACAGCCAGGCUUGUCCAACACUGCUGUAAAAUCCUCAGCCAGGAUUUUACACCAAUACUGAUGUAAAAUCCACCUCUGAGGUGCUGAAUGUGUGAUCUGAGCAGCCAGAAAAAGCCAGGCCUUGUAAAAUCCACCUCUGAGGUGCUGAAUGAGCAGACAGGCACAGCCAGGCCUGUCCAAUACUGCUGUAAAAUCCUCAGCCAGGAUUUUACACCAACACUGCUGUAAAAUCCACCUCUGAGGUGCUGAUUGUACAUUUUCAUAGGAAUUCAGUUAAUCUGAGGCUUUGGCAAACACACAUAUCAGCAUCACUCACACUGAGAAUUGGGCUCUGCACGUAUGAGCAGCUCUCAGAGGGGAAACUGCUCGUGUGGUGCAUGAUUUAUAAUGGAAAUACCAAGUACAAUAUCAAAAAUACAAUUUGUAGUGGAAAAAGGAUCUCUGAGCUGCCCUGUACCAUCAGGAAUAGGCUGUGUAGUCUGUGUGCUGAGAACUUUAGGGAAAGCAAUGGCCUCUAAGCUUUAAGGUAGCCUUUAAAUUAAUGAGUAGAUGGAUAAGUGUUGAAUAAAACUUAUUAAUCCUCCGUAGGUAGUUUUUAGUUGCUUGAAAAAUAACUCUGAACCCCCUGGUGUUUACACUGCAUCAGAGCAUAAGCAUGUUGCCUGGAAUACUUGGGAUUCUUCUUCAUAAUAGCAUUGGGAAUUCCUGCAAGAGGGAAGUGACUAGUUAGGGAAGUGACUUCAUUUGCAUCUGUUAAUGAAUACAUUGAAUAUUUUACUUGAGUAGAGCCAAUUAAGGCCAUGGUGUUACUAAGCUGUUCCAGUUUCCAGAUACUGUGAAUGAGCACUUUAAGGUUGAGUUCUCACUCUUUGCUGGUAAAAAGUUUUUUGCCCUCUGAAGGCCAGAGCCAGAAGGGAGGCUUGAAAUUCCAUCUGCUUUCUGCCUUAAUGUGUUUGAUUUGUCACCACUGACUGUGGAGUAGCAAGACUUUCAUUGUGAUAAUGAAGUAUCACAGCUGAAUAUUCAGAUGAAAAUAAGCUGGGGAAAGUUCCCCACUCCUUGGACUGUUCAGAAUCAGGGAAGGUGAAAUUUAAGUUUUAAUUGGAAUUAUUUUACCUCACAGUGGGGUUGUGAAGCUUAACAGCAAGUGCUUUUGAGGGCUUUUAAAAGGUGCUGUAAAGGUGCAUAUUACUGAAGGGGAUUUAUGUUUUUUGGUUUGUUUUUUUUUUUAAUUUGAAAUGCCUGCAACACAUCCUUAUUUCUUGAAUUUUAAAAUAUCCUUUGCCUGCCAUUCUUCUGUUACUGUUUUGAGUGACCUUCCUUGCACUUUUAGACUGGGGAACAAGAAGGAGCAUCCUCAGACUGAGGCAGAAAUAAACCCCACGUGGGUUUAACCUGAAACCCAGUUUGAAAGGGCUCUGUUCCCUCAGGCACCCCACCAAACUGGUGCAGCCACAUCACCUUUUCUGCUAAAAUCCCAUUUCUGGUUCUCAGCAGAGAUCUUGAAAUACAGGAGGGUUUUACAGAAGAAAGAACAGAAUUACUUAAGUGCUUUGCUGAAUUAAGGCAUGAAUAAUUCAACAGCUCUAGGAUCACCCAGAGCACUGUGGACUGGGUUUGUUUUUAAUUCAGUAUUAAAACACACAUUAGCACUGGUAGGAGUUCCCUAUAGAAAGCCACUUAGCUUCCAGUGUUAAACCCCACUCUGCUUUUAGCCUGUCAUUAGGAAAAGAAGAUAAACCCCUCCCAAAACCCAACAUUGAACCCAGCCCUGUAGAAGCUGAUGCUUAAAACCCUCCAGAAAUACCUGACAGCUCAAAGGAACUUGAAGAUGACACUGGAGCUGAAAUACUGGCUAGGAACGAGACCAAGGGACUGGCAAGCCCCAGGUGUGCUCUGCCUGUCCCAGGGCAGCAGGGACACCCUGGGACACGGAGCUGACCCUCCCCUUUGCCAUCUGCCACAUGGACACAAUACCUACCUCAGAGAGGUGCACCAGGUGUCUUUGAAACACAAGUGGAAGAUCCAUAUUUAUUGUCUGCCUUGACUUUGGGGAGCAACCUUUAGAUUUUAGCUUUGUGUCCUGGAUGGAUUUCUCUAAGUGUGUGAAACAUUUUUUUUUUUUUUUGGUAUUUCUCAGUUGCAGUAUUUGAAAAAUGAGCUUUAUUUAAUCCAGAGUGUUGAGCUUUGCUAGAUUAUGUUUGCAUUGGGAAUUUGCUACCAGAGAAUCAGUUCCCUUGGAGGGAGAACGUGUCACUAUCACUGCUUGGAUGUUUCUCUUUUGUUGCCUAGAAAAAUAAAAUCUCUUUGGUUAAAAAAAGAUCUACCUGUAAUUUGUGGUGGUAAAAGUUGAUAUUGUUACAGGCUGACAAAGAGCAAGUCCUUGACUGCAAGAAAAAUUUCUCCUUACUCUCCUCAACUUUCCUUGACUGCAAGAAAAAUUUCUCCUAAACUUUCCCAAACAAAAAGUAUCUCCAAGUCACAACUGGAUAGAUUUAAAGUACAACUCCUUUUUAAAAAUUUGUACUAGAGUGUUUUUUAAUACGUUUUAACUAGGAUUUUCCUGCUCUUAAUGACACAGACAGGGAAUUAUCCCAAAAAUGGCAUUCUUCUAGUGGUGGGAUGAACUCUGAAUAUCAGAAUGGGAUGAGAUAAGCUUCAAAAUCCUUUCCACACCAAACCACUCUGGGAUUCUAUGAAAUUUGGUACCUGAGAUAUCAGGACUCAGCUGUAAAGAGAGUUUUGCAUCCCUCCAGAAUCUUAUAUACAAAUUAUUAAAGCAACUUCACAAAUAUUUGUGUCCAGUAUUACACAGAUCUACUCCAUGGAUGCAACUGAGAGAGGAGUUGGAGGAGAAAAUCAGUAAUAACUGGAAUUUCUGAAGGACAAACCUAAUUUCUGAAGUUCUGAGCAAACUCCUAUCAAAAGAGCACUGAGAGAAGGAACAUCCUGUUCCAUGGCACAUCUCAAAGCAGCACCUUUCCCUGGGCACACUCACAGGGGCUGUGGUGACAGUUUGGGGACAGUGUCCUGUGCCCCUCCUGGAGAACAUCCCAGCUCUGGGGCAGCUGGAACCUCUCUGUGUUGUGUUUGUUCCCCUCUGGGGAGGGGCUGAAUGAGGAGAGCAGAAAUUCUGUGCGGCUGCAGGAGGUUCUGAGCAAUCAGACUGGCACAGGCUGAGCGCUGAAUCAUCUGUGAGUGCCUGAUUUCACUGCACAACCCACCCACAGCCCUGCAGCCUCUCCCUGCCAAGGAAACUCCACCGGAGGAACUCAAAGUUGUCAGCUUGCUGUUUGCAAAACUGCAGCUGCCGUGCAAUGAAAUGUCUGCCUGCAUUUUAAAUCAGACUUUGCAUCCAGCUCUGAAACUGCUGUCGGGUUUGUUCCAAAUAAAAUUCCUGCAAAUUGGUGAAAUCA